UACUAUUGUAGUCAUGUUAGCAAUAUAUGAUUGUAGUUUUUUUACGUAUAUAGAGUUAUCAUCUUGAUAUCAUCGUCAAUCUUAAAUAAAAAUUAUAUUUUAAACAUAUAUAAUUUAUAGAACUGCAGAAAUAUUCUCAAUAUUAUUUGUGCAAUAAUUCCAGUUUAAGGUUAUAAACAGUAAAAAUCAGGAACGAAAUAUGUGUAAAACAAACUGUAAACCGAAAAUAAUUAUCUUUGACUUAGACUAUACUUUAUGGCCAUUUUGGGUUGAUACUCAUGUUAUUCCUCCUUUUAAAAAAAAAGGAAAUGAUGUAGUAGAUUCUCGUGGUCAAAUUAUACAAUAUUACAAAGAAGUACCUAAUGUUUUAAAACAUUUAUAUGAAGAAGGAUAUGAACUUGGUGUUGCAUCUCGUACAUCAGAAAUACAAGGUGCUAAACAAUUAUUAAAUCUGUUUGAUUGGGACAAGUAUUUGAAAUAUAAAGAAAUUUAUCCAGGAUGUAAAGUAACUCAUUUUUCUAAGAUUCAAAAAGCAUCAGGAAUUGAUUAUAAAGAUAUGGUGUUUUUUGAUGAUGAAAAUAGAAAUAUUGUUGAUGUGGGUAAACUUGGUGUUACUUGUAUAUUCGUUAAAAAUGGUGUGAAUCAUGCACUUGUAGAAAGCGUUCUUAAAAAAUGUUAGAUAAUCGUAUUUUUGAUGAUGAACAUGGAAAUAUUAUUGAUCAUCCUAAAAUAUUUAGCACAAGAAAUCUGAGGAGUUUGAGAACAUGUAGUUUUCAAUAAAUUUGUUACACAAUCACUUGAUAAUGAUAAAGAUAAAAGAUCUUUUAAAGUAUUUACAUCAAAGCUUUUAAAUGGACAUCCUCCUUCAUACAUGGGAUUUGAUGUAUUCAUCUGAUAACAUAAUAAAAAAGCAUGAGUUUGAACUA